AUGCUUAAUCGAGUUCGACAACUAGCGCUUGUACUCAGUGGUCUUGCCACUUAUGUUUUUGAUAAACCAGUACUUUUGAUGAAGCUCUAUCGAGAUGAUGAUAAAAAUAAUUUGCCUCGAGCUGGAUUUCAUUAUAAUGGUUCACUUUAUUUUAAUACGCGUUAUUUUGAAUAUAAAUUUGCUGAAAAACUUGUUCUACAAGAUGAAAAUGAAAGUAACAAUGAUUCAACUAAGCAUGAUAUUAUCAAUUUUUAUUUUGUGAAAUCGUGUCAUUUACUUGUGCACAAUGUGUAUGUUAAUCACGAUAGCAAAUUUAUUCGUACACUGGAAGAUACUGUAAUGAAAUUUUUACCAGUAAAAGAUUCAUUUUUUGAACUUUUUAAAUUUUCGUGGGAUUUUCAAUGA